AUGAUUGGACGCUUUAGGCCAGGUAGAAGACUGGCAGUGCUGCCUUGCCUUUGUGCCAGUCAUGCUGCCUGGAGCUGGACGCGAAGCUUUGCCGCUCCUCGUGUCCCUUUGACCGGCCAUCGGCUUGCGCCUCAGGUGGGCUGGUCUCCUCCCGUGCGGAAGCAAGCGGCGCUUCGGCAUGCCAGUGGAAUCAGCCCAGUGGAGGCAGCAGCCAGUGGAGUCAUCGGGGCUAUGUCCGGGAUCGUCUCCUUUCUGGCGAAAGCCUAUGGUGUGAUGCUGUUCGCGGUCUUCCUUUUGCAGCGGAAGCUGAUCUUCCUCCCCAGCCAGGAGGUUGCAGACCCCCGUGCCCAGGGAGGCAAUCCAGAAGUCAUCGUGCUGCCAAAGAAGGAGACAACCCUGGCGGCGGUAUUUUUCAAACCCCUGGAGGGGAAGCCGACCAUUGUGUACUUCCAUGGAAACGCAGAUCAAAUUGGCUGGGGCUCAGCCUACCUUGGAUGUCAGCUGCUACAAACAGGCCUUGGCUUUUACGGCAUCGAGUAUCCCGGGUAUGGCCUUGCCCGACCCGGCUCACCCACCGAAAAAUCCAUCUACAGCUCAUCGGAAGCCUUGCUGAAGCACCUCACCAGCGAGCUGGGAGUGGAGAAAUCCUCCAUCGUGCUGGUGGGCCAAUCUAUUGGUUGCGGGGCAGCGGUGGAAAUGGCCGUCAGAGGCUACGGCCAGAAGCUGGUGUUGCUGUCCCCCUUCACCAGUUUGCCCUCUUUGGCUCGGAGGAUCUAUCCUUUCUUUGCCCCAGUGCUGCGACUUGCCCCUGCUCUGCUGCUUGACCACUUCGACAACGCGGGCAAGGCCAAAGACAUCACGGCUUCAACUUUGGUGGUACAUGGAGAUGAGGACGAGAUCAUUCCGUAUGACAUGGGCUGCGAGCUUGCAAGGUGCUCCCUGCAGGUUUGGGGCACAAUGAUUUGCUGGACAGUCGAUUGGUCCUGGAGGUCAUUGCCAGAUUUGCCCUCGGCGAUGCGAGAUGCCUUCCAGGUCUACUACCAGUGCAGGUUGGCGGAGCUGCACAUAGAGGGUAAGGUGCCCAGGGCUACAACCCCACAGGACUGCUAUCGGCGACGGAAUCCUGGGGCUUUGCAGCCCCUGCGGCCGUGUUCCUCAGAGGCCGAUGUGCGCCCUGGACGGCCGAGGAGUCAACAAGGUCAACAAGAUGGCACGGCUCCAGUGGCCAACCGGGCUCCAGUGGCGCGUGCCAGCAUGUCAGCAGCUAUGACGCUUUGGAAACCGAAGGAAUUGAGCGAAUCGAAGAGCGCCUGGGCAAAGACUCCAGGACGAGCAUCAGUCUCCAUGUCAAAUCCCGGCAGCCCAGUCGGCAGAGAGAAGCGCAGCUCCUUGGAAAGAGGAGUGUCGACCCACGAGCAGGACCACGUGCGCUUGACCCCCGAGGAGGAGGCUCCGACGGAGGAGGAAGAGCGAGCCCUGGCCUUGCUGCAGAGAUGCUCCUUCUUCAAAACCUUGGAGCCGGCGGUCUUGUUGGAGCUCCCUCGCUUAGCGAGUUUUACUGAGGCACCAAAGGGCGCUGUUGUCUUCCGACAGGGAGAUCCUCCCUCCAACUGUUGGCUCAUUGCGAAGGGUGAGGUGGGUUUCUACAUAGGGAGUGGUGGAGCUGCGGCAAGUCCCUGGCUGCCGUGCACCCCCGGCCACGAGAACACGACGUGGGUCCCAUGGCCAUGGGAGGAAAAGUCCAGAGUGGGCACCUUAGAUGGCCAAAGCACGAUCUCCUUGCAGAGCAACCUGGGCAAGUGCGUCAACAAAGCCCGCAGUGGCGCUGUCUUUGGAGAGCUUGCGCUGAUGGAGGACAACUGCAUCAGGAAGGCUUCAGCCAAGUGCCAUACCAACUGCGAGUUCAUGACCCUGCCAGCCAGCGCCUUCAGGAUCGCCAAGGCGCGCCUGGUCCAAUUCCGGGAGGCGAAGAUGCGAUUCCUGAACAAGUACAUCCCUGGUAUGGAGGAAUGCCCACAGCCUGGACCGAAUGAUCCACCGCACCCAAGCUUCUUCUUCAACAGAUUGCGCGUUCACGAGGAUUACAUUUUCUUGAAGCAGGGCGAACGAGACUCGCGUGCCAUCUACGUGAUCUAUAAAGGCAAUGUUCACCUCAAGCGAGAGAAGGAAAACGGCCCGGAAGUGUGUCAGCGGCUGCUCCCCGGACAUCUGUUUGGCUCCUGGAUACACCAUGCUGUGGAGCCACUUUCAGCUGUAGCUGCCACUGCAUGUGAGGUUUGGUAUGUAAAGGCGUCAGACAUCAAGUACCUGCCAGAGCAUCUCCUGAAAGCGAUUCAGGACCGCUUGUCCACGGAGUAUGCCAACUUGCUGAAGUCCGUCCUCGUGGACCGCCGCUUCGGCUGGGACCAGCCUCUGCCAGUACAAGCGGCCAAACCCCACACCAUGGAUGAUGGCGAGAGAUGGGCUGAACAGAUUCUCCAUCAGGUUCAGAACCAGGAAAUGCGCACGCAGUUCUUCGCGGCCAGCAUUGGCGCCGAUUUGGUAAAUAGGAAGUGGAGGCAUUAG